AUGGACAAAGCUGAGGAUUUCAAAGGUUACAGCAGAGUUUUACACAGGCUAUUUAAAGACGUCACCAUCACACCACAUUCGUCUGAAAGUGAAGAAGAGGCUGAAGACUAUGUUGCUCUUCCACGUUCAGACUCACUGCAUCUUAUCACAGGAACAGAUGUGACCUUGCCUUCUUGCCUGAACGGGAGCCUUGGGUCUCGGGAAACUGACAGGCGAAUGAAUCGAUCUCGUCGUCUCUGCAGCUCGUCCUCUGGAGCAAUACUUGAGGAGAUGCAGAAAGUCUAUGAGCAGCUUCAGAGCGAGCGGCAGAAGCAGCUGCAGUGGGAGAAGGAGCUCCAGGAGCGAGAGAUGAAACUGAAACAACAGGAGGAUGCUCUUCAAAAAGUUGUGGGUUUAGAGGAAAUGCUCCACUCACAGAUGCUCACUGCAGAAGAGAAACAUAACCACAAGAUUCUUCACCUACAAAACCUACUGCGUGAAAAGACUAAAGAAAACAAGAGACUGAAGACAAACUUUGACACCCUUAAAGAUCUGAACGACAAUAUGAAAAAACAGCUGAAUGAACUGAGUGAGCAGAACAAAGGGCUGGAGAGGCGGUCCCGCAGGGUCCAGGCCCGUCUCGAAAACCUACAGAGGAAAUAUGAGCUUGGUUUUGCAUUGAGAGGAUGUCAGAAAGUGAAUGUACAAAGUCUGGAGAAUGUCAUCCCCCCUCAAAAGGACAAGACCAAAAUCAGUAACGUAAUCCCUUCUUCAAAGCUGCUCUCUCUGCUCAUGGACUGGAUCGUGGAUAAACAGACGAGCUCCUCCCAAACCCACCGCGGCCUUAAAGAUGUGGGCCACUGUUUCCCUCCAGAGAUCUCACACAACGACAGAUGCCUCAAGGUGCUGCCGUUAUUAGCAGAUCAACUUUCCCACACGCCUUUGUCGGAGUCUGUGCUCGUUCGCAGCCUCCUUCGCUUCAUCCACGCCGUCCUGCGACAGGUGGACAAUAGUGCGCAGCACGUGGCGUUAUCUGCAACACUGAGGCGCAUCGGAGAGGAGGUGUCCAGGCCUCGCAGCCAUCUCCUGAGCGAGGAUCCAGAAGGAGUGAAUGAAGGAAGUGAGAAACGAACCCUUUACCGCUGCUCAUGCCCAGAGACGCGCAUUCUCUCGGUGCUCAUCAUACUGCGCACUGUCACUCAAGCCGAGGUCCUGGAGCCGGCGCUGGCUGCUCUGCGCUCGGAUCUGUCCCACGAGGCGCGCCGGGGUUUGCUGCUCCAGUUUGGAGGCGUGAGUGAACUGAUGUCAGUGCUGAAGAGCGGCCGAACACCGGCUCCGGUCACAGACGCUCUGCUGCAGCUCGCUCAAGACUCCAGCUACCUCAAGAGCUUCCUGGAGGCCUGUAGCUGCCAUGAGUUUUUCCACGCCGCGUCCCAAGUCCUCAGGAGCCGUCAUCUGGAGCUGUCACUGCUGGAAAAGUUGUGCAUCAUUCUGCAGAAACUCUCCACGAUCAGAAAGAACCAGCGUCUCUUUGAAUCGUCGCGUCUUCGCCAGCGUCUCGAGGAGCUCCAGCGAAGCUCCGGUCCGUCACACACUUUCCUGUGCCUCAACCUCACCUCCAUCCUCCACAACCUGUCUCAGCCGCUAACCCAGAGAAGAGCGCCGUAG